AUUUUCACGAUUUUUAGAGAUUAAAUAAAAAUUAUAAUGAAAAAAGUUAUUAUUUUGCUGUCGCUUUUUGCGCUGGUGAAUUGUUAUCAGAAAAAGAAUAUUGUUGGGGAUGUUGUUAGAAAUUUUUUUGGAAUUUUUGGAAACAAACCGCCGAAUGCUACCGCAUCGACUGGGCCUUGUUAUUGCAGCUGCGGAGUCAAAAAUGAAGAAAGCCGCAUAGUUGGCGGACAAACAACUCAAGUAAACGAGCUACCAUGGAUGGUAAGACUGUCAUAUUUGAAUAAAUUUUACUGUGGCGGAACUCUUAUCAAUGAUCGUUACGUAUUGACUGCCGCUCAUUGCGUAAAAGGAUUCAUGUGGUUUAUGAUAAAAGUAACAUUUGGAGAACACGACCGUUGUGACGAGAAAAAUAAACCAGAUACGAGAUUUGUCGUCAGAGCAAUUACCGGAGAUUUUAGUUUUUUGAAUUUUGACAAUGACAUUGCUCUACUUAAGCUCAAUGAUCGGGUACCACUGACCAAUACCAUCAGACCGAUUUGUCUUCCAAUAGUCAAAGAAAAUGACUACGUGGGGACAAAAGCAAUCGCGGCUGGCUGGGGAACUUUGCAUGAAGACGGAAAGCCAUCCUGCCUGCUCCAGGAAGUCGAGGUCCCGGUUAUGAGUCUGAAAGACUGCAGAAACACCAGCUACAGUCCUAGAAUGAUUUCGGACAAUAUGUUGUGUGCUGGAUACCCCGACGGUAAAAAGGACUCCUGCCAGGGUGACAGCGGGGGCCCUUUAAUUGCCGAAAGACCGGACAAAAAGUACGAAGUUAUCGGGGUUGUUUCAUGGGGAAAUGGAUGUGCUCGUCCAGGGUACCCUGGAGUUUACACCAGACUUACACGGUAUCUAGACUGGGUGCUGUAUAAUUCAAGGGAUGGAUGUUUCUGCCAAACUUGAGUUAUUUAUAAUUAAUAAUCUAAUAUUUUAUAAAAUUUUUAUUUUGAUGAUUA